UAAUUAUAUAUAAAAUUUAGAAAUUAUUUAUUGAUAAAUGAUUUUUGAUAUUUUUUCUUUUCUAAAAACGCCUAUAUCAAAAGUUUUGUUUCUAACGCGGAUUAAUACACGAGAGAACACCCAUGGACUGUUAUCAGUUUGAAAAAUGUUAAGAUUAAAAUGAGUGAUUUUGUCUCACGAGAUUCGCGUUAUAAUUAAAUCGUAUUCUCCCGUUUGAGAGCCUCUUGGUUUACAGUUAUAUCAGCAAUAUUGUGGGUACAGCAGGGAACUGUUUCAGCCUGGUCGCAUCAGCAAGGUCAUGUGAGUGCAACCUCUGAUCAGGUACUCACAUUCAGUACACCAGUGAGAUCUGAGCCGUGCAUUCACAGUAAACAUUGCAUAAGAGAUUGUCAACGGAAAUCGUUAAAUCACCGGAGGGUCUUAAUAUAAUAAUACAACAUCACGAUACCUCUAGUGAAGUGUAUUUCAUUUUAAUUAUAGUGCAGAGGGCAGUGCGGUUUUUAAUUCUAACAGGAAAACCCGAUACGCGAAGAUGUAGAGAGUAUGACAGGCGAGAUAGAAAAUGGAGAUUUGGCAGUACGAGACGUCGCAGAUCUCCUCCAGGCGCAAUACGCUAUUAUCGCUGGAGGAAAAACACGAGAGGGUUGUCCUAUAAUCACGUUUCCGGACAAUGGCAAUUUUCAUAACUUGACCGAUUUGGAUUACCAGCGUCUCAUGCUCUACCUUACUUCUGUGCCGACGUUGCAAGAAGCUGAUCUCGGCUUUCAUUUGAUAAUCGACCGAAGGAACGACAAGUGGAAUUCGGUGAAGACGGUCCUCUUAAAAAUAUCCGCUUUUUUCCCCGGUCUGGUGCACGUCGCAUACGUGUUGCGACCCGCCGGGUUCUUACAGAAAGCCAUUUCGGAGGUGUCAAAUAAAUUGUUCAGGGAGGACUUCAAGUUCAGGGUCAUAUUCCUGGCUAACGUCGCCGAGCUUCACGACUUCAUCGAGAAGGAUCAACUCACCGAGCCGCUAGGCGGCGACCUACCAUAUUGCCACCACACUUGGAUACAGAAUAGAAUCAGCCUGGAAAAGUUCUCAUCAAUGACGCAGGACGUGUCUCUCGCAUUGGAUUCCUUCACGCGACGUCUCGCUGAAGUGGAAUUCCCGAACAACACCAUCGCCACGACCACGUUAUUGUCGCAGCAGCAGGCCGAGUAUAACGAGCUGAAGGAGGAGAUACUUAGCGCUGCCAGGCACGGCGAAGCCCUCCUGGAUAGCGUGCGCCAGUUGACCGGGAAAGGAACUGCUGACAGAUUGGGCAAUGUUGCCGCGGUAGAAAGAUUACUCGUCCAGCUGGAGGAAACCGAGCGAACCUUCGACUUAUUCUGGUCGCACCACAGCUCGCGUUUGCGACACUGCCUGGCUCUGAGGCAGUUCGAGCAAGAUUUCCGAGAGUUGCAAGCGACGCUGGAUCAACACUUGAAGACGGCGGAGGAAAUGACGGAAGUCGGCGAGACGCAAGCGAGAGUAGAGCAAUUGCUGUGUGACACCUCGGCUUUCCAGCGAAUAUGCAGAGGAGACAUAGACCGCGCGGAGGAGGUGAUAUCCGCCGGUCAACAGCUAUUGUCCGGCAGGCAUCAGUGCCCGGCGGAUGUUGUGGAGCCCAAGUGCGUGGAGCUGCAGAGAGUUUGCACGAUUCUCAGUCAGAGACUGGAGAGACGACUGCACAUGCUGACCAAGUGCAGAGAGCUCAUGGAGCGUAUAGACAAGGCCAACACUUGGUGCACGCGAGGGAUAGAAUUGCUCGCGUCGCAGAACAGCACCACACCGCCGGAUCAGGCGCUCCAGGAGCUGCAGCAGUUGAUCGAGGCCGCGGAGGAGUUCCACCAUCCCCGGUGUAUCUUCCAGGACUCCGUGAUGCCGGAAACCAAGGCGCUUAUUACGCAGGUUCUGCAAAGGAUAGAGGACGUGUCCAUGAUGUGCGACAAAAGGAUAAUGGCACUAAAGCAGCAGUUGAUCAAACCAGCCAGGCCGGUGCAAACCGUCACGCCAGAACCAGUCAAACCCUUGCAAUCACUGCCUCAAUCCGCGAAACCUGGCAGAGUUCUCAAGAAAGCCAACACCAUGCCAAAGAUGGAGAUGAGUCCUAUAGAGGGAGAAUCCUCGUCGCCGGAGAGCGAGCCACGGGACGUUGAAGCCUUGCGCUUGAAGCGCGGCCACGUCCUGGCGGAGCUCGUGGAGACCGAGCGGAUCUACGUCGCCGAGCUCGGCUCGAUAAUCAAAGGCUACAAGAUGGAGAUGACGAACGAGGCGAUGUCGCAUCUGAUACCCGCGGCGCUGGUCGGCAAGGCGGAUGUUCUGUUCGGUAAUUUAGAAGAUAUCUAUCUUUUUCACGGGGAGACCUUCCUGAGGGACCUGGAGAACUGCAUCUCGAACACUGAGCUCGUCGCCCUGUGCUUUGUCCAAAGGCGCGAGAUGUUCUUUCGACUGUACAGUUAUUAUUGUCAAAAUAUCCCGCGCUCGGAGCGGCUGCGCGAGCAGAUACAAGGCGAGCCGCAGUUUCUCGCGGCCUGCCAGCAGAGACUCGGCCACAAGCUGCCGCUCGCUGCCUACCUCCUCAAGCCAGUCCAGCGUAUUACCAAGUACCAGUUGUUGUUGAAGGAUCUGUUAAAGUAUAGCGACGAGCCGUCGUGCUGCACCGAGCUGCAGGAGGCGUUGGACUGUAUGCUGGUCGUGUUGAAGUGCGUCAACGACAGCAUGCAUCAGACCGCAAUAACGGGUUUCGGAGGAGACCUGACCGCACAGGGUGAAUUGUUGUUGCAAGGCUCGUUCAGCGUUUGGAGCAGCAGCAAGCGGGAGCGGCUGCUGCGACUGAAACCGUCUCAGCGACAUAUUUUCUUAUACGAGAAGGCUCUGAUAUUUUGUAAGCACAGCAAGCCUCAAGCUCACAACAAAGCCACGUAUCAUUUUAAGAGAUAUUUGAAGAUGUCGCAGAUCGGCCUGACGGAAUCGGUGAAGGGCGACGCCAGGCGAUUCGAGAUAUGGCUGCAGGGCAGAGCAGAAGUGCACACGAUACAGGCGCCCAGUAUCGACGUCAAGCAGUCCUGGGUGCGCCAGAUCAAAGGCGUCCUGAUGUCCCAGCUGGCUGAGCUCAAGGGCAAGCAGAACUCGGCUCUCGGCAAGUCGAAUCACAAACCGCUGCGACAGACGAUCUCGUGGGAGGCGAGCAGCAUAUCGGGCUCCCUGCGGACGCUGUCCGUCGACGGCAAUAGUGUUAUCUCGCAUAUGCCCGACGUGUCGCAGUCCACGGAGGACGACGCAGCAUGGAGCUCGGAGAACAGCAACACAGACGAGGAGGACGCGUUUGCCGACAGUCCGGGACCCGCACCCGGCGGCAGGUACGUGGCGUUGGCUGAUUACUGCGCGGUGGGUCAGUCGGAGGUGACGAUGCGCGAGGGCGACACGCUGGAACUCCUCAAGGUGGGCUGCGCCGGCUGGUGGUUCGUGAAGUUGGUCGGCACCGGUGUGGAGGGUUGGGCGCCGGCGGCCUACCUCGAGCCGAUCAGUCGUAAGACGUCCCGCAGCUCGCAGUCGGUCAACAGUCAGGAGACCAUAUGAAACAGGCGACUAACACACUAGAGAGCCCGCUAGUGUGUUAGGUUUUCGAUACACAUCUCGUCCCACGAAAGAGAGAGAGAGAAUGAACAGGAAGAAGAGGAGAGGAGGAGUCGUGGAAGUCAUCAUCAUGCCGGCGAAAUUCACUGAAGAGGCUCGUCGUCAUCGAUGAAAGAGAAAGGCGAGAGAGAGACGAGAGAGUCGGCCGGCGAUGUGUCGGCGACGGCAUUUUUUGGAAAUCUUUUACAGCAUUCGCACGACGUUGAGUUUCGCGUCAUCCUGCGUAUCUUUACUUGUACAACACAGCGUAUACACGUAUAUACAAUGUCCGAGCGACGCUUUUACAUUUUGCGACGCGACACGAGCGUCGAAUUGAACGACGGGCCAAGAUUUUUACGUUUGUGCGAAUUUUAUACCGACGCGCGCAUAUACGGAGAGGCGAAACGGGACGGAGAGGAAAAGCUUCGUGGUUUCACUAGUGAUCUUUAUACUGUAUAUUCUGGAAUGCCAGGUGCCGCGUUAAGAAACCAGUCACCGAAGGGAUAGGUGGAUCAAGUAUUAUUUGUCUCUCUAUUUCGUGAUUUCUCGACGAUUGGUCGACGAUUUUUCCGUGAUCUUUUCUAAACAUCCGCAUGUACUUUGUUGGUUGCAAAAAGUGAUAUUUGAAUAGUAUUGUUCGUAAUUUUACAACUUUUUUAUGAUACAGGAUUUUGCCAACUAUUGCUUGUCUUUUUCUUUUCCAAUAAUAUAUUUUUACUAAUUACGGGGGUUACGAGUGCGAUAUUUCGAAUAAGCUGAUGUCUUCAAUUCGAAUAGUACGAAAGUAGAGAAAGAUAAUACUGGACGGAGCGUGAAAUCGAUAUCUACCAAUCACGCGCGAAGAUUGCUCGUGCGCGCGCGUAAAACCUUAUCCCGGUGCGUCGUCACAAAGCUAUGAGUACCUCGCAUUCCAUUAUAGAAUUUCACUUAGUAACACAAGUCGACACAUGAAUCCUUUCGUCUUUGCUUUAUAUUCAAUGAGUAACCAAGAUGGAAUGAUGCUUGUAUCGGCUCGUCUAAAACGUGAUCCACAAUGGGCAAUAGGAGUAUGUUUGUAAGAAGUAAAAGUGAGAGAUCAUUCAAUCAUAGUCGAUCGUUCUCCUUACAUUCGAUUGGUCAAUUGAUUGGUCAAUUUCUUAUUCCUACUUCUUACAAACAUAUUCCUACCGCCCACUGUAGGCCACGUUUAACUAAAUAGAAAGCGCCCAGUGCAGAGCUCACUGUGCUUCACGAUCGCGUUCAGGCUUGGGACGAGCCCUCUCGUGGCGCGGAGAACGCGGCGCAGAUGGCAUUUACUGAAUUGUACAAAAUACGUAGCGUCGAACCGAGUAUCGAGGAAGGUACGCGUGAACGACUCAGGAGACCUCGCGGUCUCGAUCACUACUCCUCUGCUACGGAGAAUAUUAUACAAGUUUCUACACGACGUUAGCGCACGCUACGAUCGAGAACCAGGGGAGGAGAGGCUGGAGUUACACAUGACGUGUGACGUCAGACUGACAGUGCCGCCCCCCC